AUUCCACACUAUAAAAACCGCAGCUGAUUUCAUCUACAUAAUAUCUUAAUCCAUUAUUUUAUCUUAAUCCAAAAACUAAUCUACUACUAUUAUUAAACAAAUCCAUAAUCUUUCUCUUCGUCCCAUAAACAAUCUUCACAUUUUGUUUCUCUCUCAGAUCAACUCAUUUUAACCUAAAAUGGCUACAAUCAUCUCAUGUUCCGCUCUCUCUUCGAUCCGAGCAUCAUCAUCCGAACCCGGAUCUACCAAAUCUGAUCCAUCCCGUAAGAAGCCAGUUUCCUCUGUUUCAUGGUGGGCUCCUCUCUUCGGCAUUUCAUCCGAACCUGAUUACGUCGUCAACAACACCAACAACAACAGCUCACCCUCAUCCGCGAGUCUGGAAUCAGUUCUGGUUAAAACUGGCGAAAGGUCUCAGAGGUGGUGUCUCACGGAGGAGAAGGCUAAGCAGCUGCGGAGGAAAACAGCCGAAGCUUCCACGUUCCACGACGUUAUGUACCAUUCUGCGAUCGCGUCUAGGCUCGCGUCUGACGUUCGGGUCAAGGAGUAACUGGAUCCGGGUCACGUAUCAUCUAGUAUUAAUAAUAAUCAAUAAAUUAGUCGAAAUUAAAAAAUGUCUCUCUCUCUCUCUCUUUUUUUUCCACGUAUGGGAUGAAGAACUUUUUUUUUUCCGAUGAUGAUACUCAAGAAACCGUUUGAUUGUACGUCGUCGUUUCUGUGUGUUGUACUUGUACGGUCUGGCUCGUGUGGGAUUGUGUUGCUUUCUUCUGAACCGUUGGAUUAUCAAUUAGUUGUAGCUUAUAUUAAUGCUUAACCGUUGGAUUGGUAGUUGACCUACGUAUUUAGACAA